CAAUCUGUGAAUAUAUUUUGAAUUAAAUGGAAACUUUGGCAACAUACUUGGCGCUGAUGAUCGCCGCCUGGGGAAUGCAGCUAUGUCCUCGACUUUAUCUUCCCAUGGGUGAAUUGGUCCCGACUCUUAAGAUAGCCAACCUGACAUCGGCUUUUAUUGAGGCCAACCUGUUUACCCAAUUCACGAUGCUGAUUCUACUCCUUCCCUCGAAGGUGUUUACAACCCAGAGGCAAAGGAACCUCAAAUGGAUCUUUGUGAUGCCCUAUAUUCUGCAACAUAUGAGUUGCUUGUGGAGCACAACACGAAAUGUAAAGGAGCUUCUGAGUUCACCAUCUAUGUUUUUACUGGAGGAUUAUGCGUUAGCACACCUAAAAAUGAGCCUGAUUUUCGGACUGCAGCUGCUGGCAAUGAUAGAAAUCGUUUUUAUUUUAUUUUAUAGCCUGAAUAAAGAACGCCAGCAGAUUGCGAACUGAAAGAAAAGGGAUCAUCACGAGGAGAUGAAAGAACCAGUAGCUGUAAGAUGAAAUUAAAGCACCUUCCACAU